UAAAAGGAUCUCAGGUUCCAUGUGGCGGUGACAUCAGCCAAAGCAUCGGGGCUCGGGCAGCCAAUGGGAGCAGAGCGUGAGCUGACAGUCAGUGUCGGCACAUUAAGAGGCAAAGUGACAGAAGUUGUAGAGAGGGAAGGGGACGAGUCAGCGGCAGAUCUGAGAUCUUUCCUCCCCAGUCCGGGUGUGAGUGAGAGGACAGGGCUCUCGGGUGAAGGAAGGAACAGAGUCUGGAUCAUUUGGGGGAAGAGACAGAAGUGCUGCAGCCUCAGUCAUUAGCGGCCGGUGCGACUCUGCCGCAAGUACUGGAGGAAUCCGAGGAUGUGUCGCUCUCCGAGGUGCUGAAAUCGCUUCUCCUCAUGGGACAGAGCCUGACCCCUCGCCCGGCUGAUCUGAGCCUCAGUCGCUGAUCUGCAGCCAAACAAUCGCCGCGACUUCUCCAACACUCAUCGAUUUCACCAUCAUAGGACUGUGUUGUAAAAGUGCUGAUAUUCGAUUUCUACACGUGCGUCAGACGAGCAAAGGAGAAAAAACAGCCCAAAUAAACGCGACUGCCAGGGGAAAGUUUGGGGAUUUCCUCGGAUGGGGACCAGGUGGCAGUUGCCCAGAUCUCUGUAAGCGACUGAAGCUCCUCCACGUUCGGGGUCGGGGGAUCAAUGCCAUUGUAUUAGAGUCGGACAAGGCUUUGCCAUGGAAGGGGCCAACGGAUUUGGGAUUGACACGAUUCUGUCUCACAGAGCGGGGAGCCCAGGGCUGAUUCAGGGGGACACACUGAUGGGGGAGAGCAGGUCACCCCUGGAACUGAGUCCCAGCUCUGAAGUCAGCAGCGUCUGCUCUUCUUCUCCUCCUUCCCCGGCCAGGGGCUGCUUAGAGGGGGUCGCCGGCAGACAAGGGGUCAACCUGUCCUUGGAAUCCCAUCUCCAGCCUGGAGUCCAGAUCUCCGCUGCCUCCCAGUCCAGAACAGUGACAUCUUCCUUCUUGAUCAGGGACAUUCUGGCUGACUGCAAGCCCCUAGCUACUUGUGCCCCCUACUCCAGCAACGGGCUACCAGCCCACGACUUGGCCCACUGCUUGGCCAGCAAAGCCACCGACGACUUCAGGGACAAACUGGACAAGAGCAGCAGCUCCACCUCUUCAGAAUCCGAAUAUAAAGGUAAAGUGAAAGAAGAGGGGGAUCGGGAGAUCUCCAGUUCCAGGGACAGCCCCCCAGUAAGGCUGAAGAAGCCCCGGAAAGCCCGCACCGCAUUCACAGACCAUCAGUUGGCGCAGCUGGAGAGGAGCUUUGAGCGGCAGAAGUACCUGAGUGUGCAGGACAGGAUGGAGCUGGCAGCCUCUCUCAACCUCACCGACACCCAAGUCAAGACCUGGUACCAGAACAGAAGGACAAAGUGGAAGAGGCAGACGGCUGUUGGACUUGAACUGCUGGCCGAGGCGGGGAAUUACUCCGCCCUCCAGAGGAUGUUUCCUUCCCCGUAUUUCUAUCCACAAAGCCUCAUGUCCAAUUUGGAUCCAGGAGCUGCCUUGUAUCUCUAUCGAGGACCCACUGCACCUCCCCCAGCAUUGCAGAGACCUCUGGUCCCCAGGAUUCUCAUUCAUGGACUUCAAGGGGGAAGCGAACCCCCACCAGCACUGCCCCCUCUUACAGGGGUUCUACCCAGGGCAGCGCAACCCCGAUGAACAAAGCUUAAGUGCCCUCGACAACGUUUGAAGGUGCCAAUAGGAUGGACUAGAGCACAACAACCAACACAAAGGUGAACUCAGUACCAGGAAGGACUGUACAUAGAGAAGAGCUCGUUGGGAAAGACAAACCCAACAAAGACUUGGUUUUAAAGUGACCUUCUAUCCUCUAAUAGAGACCAUUGGGAAACGUCUCCUGAGAAAACGGAAGAAGAUCCUAUGUUUCCAACCUACUGCUUAUUUCUCAGAAGUAGAAAACAGACAUUUGAAUGGCAUGUGUGGCUACAGAGUAGCAUUUGUUGGGCUUUUUCAAUUCGUCUCUAUUGGAGGUCGGUUACAGUUUAUAGACCCAAGAAUUGUAGCAAUUAUUUAAGCAUAUAAUAUAUACAUAAAACAAUUUCUAGGGCAGCAAAUACAUUUUCACCACAAAUCUCCCCCUAACUGGCCUUCAGGCUGGGCCCCCUUAGCUCAUAACAAGGUUACAGAUAUAUAGAAACAU